AGCUAAUUUUCGGGUCACUGAGAGCCCGCCUCGUCUCAGCGGGCAGGCCGCUUGUAUACUGCAUAAUGGGUUAUUACGUCGUUCUGAUUGCUUGCGUCGUCGCCAUAGGGGGCUUUACAUAUGGAGUGGAUUCAGGGAUCAUCGCGACUACCUUGGGCCAUGACACAUUCAAAUUCGCCAUGUUGGGACCAACAGGUACCAAUGCUGCCUUGACAGGUGCGAUCGUAUCUCUCUAUAACGUUGGGCAGGCCGUUGGGACAUUUGGGGCAGGAUACUCGGCCAAUCGAUUAAGCAGACGGUGGACGAUCUGCGGAAGCGCGCUGAUUUCUAUCGUUGGAGCCGUGCUCCAGUGCGCAGCCGUGAACGCAGGGAUGAUGAUAGCUGGACGAUUCUUCGCUGGCGUUGGCUGCGGCAUCAUUCUCACUGUCGUCCCCGUAUACAUCGCCGAAGUCUCUCCUCCCGAGAAGCGAGGAAUGAUCGUGGGACUGCAGGGUUUCAUGAUUGCCGUGGGGUUCUUUGCAGCAAACUGGAUAGGCUAUGGAGGAGAUGUUGCGAAUGGCGAUUCGCAGUGGCGCAUACCGUUGGCCAUGCAAAUCCCAGCGCCGCUCGCUUUGGCAGUCGGUUGCUGCUUCGUCCCGUAUAGCCCGAGAUGGUUGGUUCAACAGGAGCGGUACGAGGACGCGCAAGCCGUUUUACAAGUCAUCCACGGCCAGGCCGACAACGACGACCGCGCGCUGCAAGAGCUCUCAGAAAUUCGAAAUCAAAUUCAAGCUGAAUCAGCCACGGAAACCAGUUUUUCAACUGCGAUCACAAGUCUCUUUUCGCGGAAAUACCUCCACCGGACCCUGCUAGCCUGUUUUCUACUCGUUAUGGGCCAGUUCAGCGGGUCACAGGUCAUUCAGAACUAUCAGGGAACAUUCUAUGCGGCUGUUGGAUUUACCGGGAGGUCAUCGCUCCUGAUCAGCGGGAUAUACGGGAUCAUGGGUGUAUUGGGCCAAGUUAUUUAUCUGUUUUGCGCCGCAGACAAGUGGCCUCGCACCCGGACGCUAUGGGCGGGCUCUAUAUUCCUAUCGGCGAUGAUUGCCAUCUGCAUGCCCUUAUCCGCGGUAUACGGAGACGAAGACAAUAGUAAUUUGAACGGGGCCAGAGCAGCAAUCGCCAUGAUCUUCCUCUACUCAUGCGGAUAUGCUGUGUUCUUUAACGCCACUAUCUGGGUCGUGCCUUCUGAGCUGUUCCCGUUCUUCCUGCGGUCAACUGGCAUGGGCCUGGCCGUUUUCUCCAAGUCAGUGGCGGCCAUUGUGCUUUCCCAAAUCACGCCGACUGCAAUGGAGAACGUUGGCUGGAGGUACUAUGCCCUUUUUCAUUGCCACCAACCUUGCCGCUGCGCUUGUCUAUUUCUUCUUGCUUCCAGAGACAGGUGGGAAGACUCUCGAGGAAAUAGCCGAACUAUUCGGAGACAGUGUGAUUACCAGUCCUUCGAAAAUAGACGAUGACAUGACGCACCACACACCAUUACCUGGCGAUAAAAAAUAACCUGCU